CGACUAGGAGACCUGGAAGUGUGCCACACAAACUGAGGCUGUGUAUUUGGGAGUCAGUGUGGGUGAGGAGUCUGUAACAGCAAUAAUACUACAGCUCUUCUUUCCUGUCACAGCUGGAAGGGAGGAUCUUUAAUGCCACGCCCAUCACUAUAGCAUGUCAGUGGCGCGGCCAGGAGUCUGGUGGUGGGGACAAUAUUGCCGGAUUACUUGCAGCGGAGCUGAGUGACGUGGUAGAUAGGAAACACGCGUGGAACAAGGCGCUAUACAUGGGUGAGGAAACAGUAAGCUGUGAGGGAGAAGGCACGGCGCUUAUCAACUGGCAAAACAGCAGAGCAUCACCACUUUCAUUUUUGAAAACACAGCGAGGAAAUCUUGUUGAUGAACUUGAAGCUUAUAUUGAUGGCAUUGUCCAACAAGCACUUCGGGAAACACUGAUCUCAAAAGAUGACUAUGAGGAUGUUGUGUACGAAAGGGGCCCCAGAAAGCAAGUAAGAAAAUUGCUAGAUAUAAUUGACUGUCUCGGAGAAGAAAGUGCAGCCCGCUUCUGCUAUCUUUUUAUUCAGCACUCAAAAUUGAAAAAAGAAAGAUCCAAAAGUAAUGCAAAUGAGUAUUUGAAGGGUAUCCAAAAGCACAAAGAUGUUCUUCUGAGGCGGAAUGACUGUUUAAAGUAUUAUAACUGCAGACAUGGAGAGAAAUUUUACUUCUCUGAUCAUUUUGUAAACCUUCUUCUUGUCAAAGGACAUUACAGUCUUGAAAUAAAGAAAAACGAGCUGCUAACAUUUGGUCAACAACGGAUUGGCCUUCAAAGCCAAAAAGAAGAGAGGGUUGAUAUUAAGCUUGAACAGCUCUUCCAAAAGCUAUGCGACAGAAAGAGCCCAAAGAAAAUAUUAGUGAGCGGAGUAGCAGGAAUCGGAAAAACUGUCUUUGUACAGAAAAUUCUUCAUGAUUUUGCAAACACAACAGCAUAUGAAAACUUUGAUUUUGCCGUGAAUUUCACUUUCAGAGACCUUAAUUUCAUAAACAAACCAGUUACUUUGAGAGAACUAAUUCUUAAAAAACAUGGGCAUUUGUCGCAUAUUCUGGAUGAUAUUUUAAACAACACUGAAAAACUUCUGAUGAUCUUGGAUGGGUUUGAUGAAUUUAAAUUUUACAGCCAGUUAGAUUUAGACCAAUACAUAUACGAUCCCAACGAAGAGGCGGAGCUGCCACAUUUGGUGGGCAGUUUAAUCAAAGGAGAACUCCUUCCUGAAGCGACCAUUGUAGUAACCAGCAGACCAACUGUUGUUAACCACAUACCUGUUGAUAGUAUUGAACGGUUUGUUGUAAUUACUGGGUUUUCGGAGAGAGAAAUAGAGGAGUAUUUUCAAAAAUUUUACGGGGACUGUAUAUAUGGAAGUGACAUAUUUGAUUCAGUUAGACAAAACUAUUUCCUAUUCACUUUGUGUUACAUCCCGGCCUUCUGUUGGAUUGUCUGUAGUGUAUUAAAAGGAAGCACCACUCUUCAAAUUGACCAGCCAAAAACUAUGACUGAUAUAUAUUGUCAUUACCUUGUCGUUAUAUUGAAGCACCACACACGGCAGUCUUGUGUUGCGAAUAAAACAUUAUUGGAGGCAGUUCUCAGCUUGGGACGCCUUGCUUAUCAAUCACUGUUACAGCAUCAAACACUUUUCUACGAACAUGAUUUGGAAACAUUUCCUAAUCUACCCUGUGAUAUUAUUAACAGUUUCCUUGAUAAGACAUGUGUCCAGGAGCUAGUGGCUACAGAGAAUAUCCUUUCAUUUACACAUUUUACCAUUCAGGAAUUUUUUGCAGCAUUUUAUUAUGCUCAUGAAGUGGAACUUUCACAUGAUAUUAUGGAUAAUGGAGUACAGUCAAGACUGUUCAUAAGUCCUGGAUACUUGGAUUUAUUUAACAGGUUUCUUUCAGGUUUGCUUUCAGUGAGAAGCCAAAAUGUUCUAUCAAAACAUUUAAAACUGGAUGCAAGUAGGAAAUCCGAAGCUUACAGGUCAUGGUUAACCAAAUCUAUUAUAGAGAACUGUGAAAAUGGAUGUUACAUAUUUAAUCAAUUACAUUGCUUGUUUGAACAGCAGAUGGAUUGUUUGGCCGAAAGAAUAACCCCAGUCACGUUACGCCUUAAUCUAAGUGAUAAUAUAUUCUCGCCUAUAGAUUUUGAUGUGCUGACAUAUUUUUUAAGUCUUGUAAAUAUGGAUAUUGAAGAACUAGACAUGACAGCGACACAAGUGAAUGCGCAAUAUCUGAAGCAGUUGCAGCCGUAUCUGAAUCGAUGCACCAAAUUAUGGUUGGGAGAAAAUAACUUGGAUAAAGAACUGAUAGGAGUUAUUUGCAAACUACUUGAGUCACCAGACUGUCGGAUUAAAGAACUGGGACUUGGCUGGGCACAAUUAGAAGAUGAAGACUUUUUGGAACUCUAUAAAGCUCUUAAAAACAACAAGACUCUGAUACAAUUAUGGGUCGAAGGAAACAACAUCAGUUCCAAAGCCAUUGAGCAGUUCUCCGACAUACCUUUAUUUACAUCAAGUCUGCAACAUGUUAUAUUACUUGGAAAUAGGGUACCAGCACAAAGCCUGUCAGAAUUCAAAGAAAAACCAUACAGGAAUGUCAUUGUAGCUCACAUUGAUGAAAGCUUCGGAAUCGAUUUUUGGCAAGGGUGGUGGGACUGGAUCUUUCAGAGAUGCAAAAUAUGCGGUGAUGAAAAAAUUGUCUCCUUUUUAACUAAAGUAUUUAGUGGACUUAAUGUUUGUAAUGAGAGAAACACCAGCUGGAUGAGAACUUGGUAUACUGAAGUGGACAAUUUAUUGGAGCUGAGAAUUAGAUCCUGCUCUGUAACCAAUAUCAAGAAACGAAUGCAGAGUCUUCAACAGAUGUUUAUUCAGCAGUUAAGCCGCCAUUAAUUAUUGCUUAGAGUUCCUAAAUUGCUUAUGUGUUUUAUCAACACACGGAGCUAAAAAUUCUGUGGAAACUGUCCACUUAAUGCCAAUAUCAAUGGAUGCUAAUACAUUCCUUCUUCAUUAUUCCUUGAAUUUGAAGAUUAAAAAUCCUCGCCUUAUAUUUUUGCAGUCAGCAAUAUUUUAUUCCCUCUAAAUUCAUGAAUAUCAAUGAAAAUAUCUUUGACUUUCUAGUCAGGUCUAUGAAAUUGUGCUGUUUCAUGGUCUAAAAGGAAAAGGGUAUCCCUAUAGGCAAAUGACAGAGAUGCUUGCUUGUGAAUUUGAAUUUAACUAUUUGCCUGGUAGCAUUGGCUUUUAACCAGGAAACAGUGAAAAACAUUCCCAGCUUAUAUUAUCAUUAUUUUUAAUAAUAAUUAUACAGGUACUGUAUGAGAUCUGUUAUCUGGAAAUGUCCAAAUAAGGGAAAGGCUGGCUUCCAUAGACUCCAUUUUAUCCAAAUAAUCCACAUUUUUAAAAAUGAUGCCAUUUUCCUCUGUAAUAAUAAAACAGUACCUUGUACUUGAUCCAAACUAAGAUAUAAUUAAUCCUUAUUGGAGGCAAAACAAGCCUAUUUAAUGUUUUAACGAAUUUCUAGUAGACUAGAGGCACAAAGAUCUAACUUACGGAAAACUUUUAUACAGAAAACCCCAGGUCCCAAUCAUUCUGAAUAACAGAUCCCAUGCCUUUACUGUAAGCUCUGUAUGUACGAUCUGUAUUUCGUUGUACAUAGCAAAUCUUUAUUUAUUGAUACCCAGAACUGGUUGUUUUGUAGUUUUGUAUACUCUGCACAGUAAACAGAUAUUAAAUGCCUAGAUUUACAGUAAACUGGCAGUGUGUGAUAUACUGAAAGAUGUUAAUUUAUUGUAUGAUUCAAGAGGGCAAUUCCUAGGCAAUAUUUCUCCCUAGGCCAAUUUAAUCCUAAAACCAAUUUAGUAUUUACUGCAGAUUUUCCAAUUAUACUGCAACAAUGAAGCAACUUCAUUUUGUAGCGGGUUUAUAAUUCAAAUGUAUUCUUACUAAAAGUUGCAUUACUAUUUGAAAAACUGAUUUAUGUUACCUAUUUAUUUUAUUCUCGGCAGGUUUUAGAAUGGAUACACACGCAAAAUUAACUAGGACCAGUUUUCGUUAUUUUUGGUAUUAUUUUGCAAUUAGUGACCAAGUCCAUUAUAGGAUUAUGGAAAACUAGAACUUUGUCUUAUAAUGGUAUUAAAAAAGAGUCAAAAACAUUUUUUUGCUUACUUACAUAUUUCUUACAUUUUCGUUUUCAUCUAGCAUUUUCAGAGUGGGGGUUGUGUAAAUUCUGGAGUGUGUUCAAAACCAUGUUUGAAUAUAUUUCACUGCGCACAAAUCUGGUGCACCUAUGGAUGCAAACUGCUGUGGGAACUUUGGUGCAACCACCAGGUGGCUGUAGCUCCAGGGUUCCCCAGUGCUAAUAGUCACAGUUACCUACUAUUCAUCUGAAGAGUCAGCAUGGAAACAUUAGCCACCAUGUGGAAGUGCAAGUAAAAGCAGUCCAGCUCCUAUAGAUUUCAAUGGAGCAGUGCUGAUCUCAUCGUUCCAUUUUUAAUCCAUUCUGACUUUAAGAGGUUAUCAGAUUUUUUUCCUGCUAGUAAGUGCCUGAAAAACUUGAAAUUUUGAGGUUUUUAAGAGUUUAUCGUAUCUUUUUGUGGAUUGUUCAGCAUUUUUUUCAUGGCAUUUGUAGUUUUAGAGAAAUUGUGGUUUGAAAAACCUCCAAAAUUUGAGUUUUGAUAAGUGGUUCUCUUUGUGUAUCCAUAAACAUGAUUAACUUCUUUUCUGUUUUAACUCCAUUAUUAUCUCAGAACGCCUAGAGGUAUAUUUUCUAACAUUCGGAUUUCUUUUUUUUCAGAAAUCAUAUUUUUUUUUAAGUUUCUUUUAAUAACUCUAAAAAAGGGGGUUAUUUAUCAA